AUGCGGCCUGGCAUGAACAGGGAGCUGCGCUUCAAGGAUGUGGGUGUUGCAGCAGCGACUGACGCGGAAGACGCGCCGCCGUCCUACGCAGACGGCGUGUACAUGAUGGCCGGCCAGGACCGGCCCAGCCCCCGCAAGCUCAGCAGGAUCCUGAUGAAGGGCAAGGACGGCAUGCCGUCGCGCAAGAACCGCACGGCGUUGCUGGUCUUCUUCGGACAAAUGGUGUCGUCUGAAAUCUUGAUGGCGUCAGAGAUGGGCUGUCCGAUAGAAAUGCACAAGAUCAACGUAGAAAAGUGUGACGAGAUGUAUGACGCCGACUGCAGUGGAGAGAAGUACAUGCCCUUCUACCGGGCCGGCUAUGACGCAACGACUGGCCAGAGUCCAAACAUGCCCAGGGAACAGAUCAACUCGAAGACCAGCUGGAUUGAUGGCAGCUUCGUCUACAGUACCAGCGAGGCCUGGGUCAACACCAUGAGGUCCUUCAGCAACGGCACGCUGCGCACCGACGAGAAUGGCAUGCCGCCACGCAACAAAGAGCGCGUACCCAUCAUGAACAAGCCCAGUCCCCACCUGUUCAAAACGCUCUCGCCCGAGCGAAUGUACUUGCUGGGAGACGAGCGGACCAAUCAGAACCCGGCGCUGCUCUCGUUCGGCAUCCUCUUCUUCCGCUGGCACAACAAGGUGGCCCUGCGUGCGCAGGAGGAGCACCCGGACUGGAGUGACGAGGAGGUGUUCCAGCGAGCCCGACGCAUCGUCAUCGCCACACUGCAGAACGUCAUCAUGUACGAGUACCUGCCGGCCUUCCUGGGCGACACCGUGGACCCCUACAAGGGCUACAGGCCGGACGUCCACCCGGGCAUCAGCCACGUGUUCCAGUCGGCCGCCUUCAGGUUCGGCCACUCGAUGAUCCCGCCCGGCCUGUACCGCCGGGACAGCCAGUGCAACUACAAGCGGACGGUGAGCGGUGACCUGGCGCUCCGGCUCUGCGCCACCUGGGGGACUCGAACGUGA